UUUCAGCUGCGGCGCGGGACUUCCACACUCACUGGCCGGGCGCACUGCGGUUUGCCCAUCCCACAAGGGGCCCAGGGCCGCCGGGUCACUCUUCCGCGGUGUGCUUGCAGACGCAAACCAGGCUAAAAACAGCGCUCUGUCCAGACUUCAGCCAGGGGAGGAAAGUGAGAUGUCGCGUUUCUCCAAGCUCGAGACCCCCUCAGGCCUCACCUCUCUCUCACUCUUCAGUCUAGAGGUUCAACUCACCCAAGCAAUCCUCUCUUAUCAUGGAGACCACAGCGAGGAAGGUUAAGAAUUUCUGGGACCCUGUCGAUAUUAACCGCGACAUCCAGCAUGUCCGGGGUCGCCAAAGAAGAGAGCAGAGGAUUCUUCGGCUCCUCGAUCGCAUUGGAUUCAGUUGGAGAGUCUAUGCCGUCGCAUUUCUGGGUUUCCUCGCCUCCAGCUGGAGUUUGAUCGCCGUUGGUGUGGUUUCCCCGGCUCUUUACUAUGUCUAUCCGCCGAGCAUCAGCAUGGCCGGUGACGUGGUUCAAAUCCUCGACCUCGUUACUCUAACCGCAACUGUCUUGGGAAUGCUGUUGUUUGGCCACCUUGCCGACCUCUUCGGCCGAAGCGCUCUAUACGGCUUUGAACUUUUGAUCGUCUUGACGGCCAUUGGCGGCGCUGCUUUCUCCUCUGCCGGGUAUAUGUUCGGAAACACAGAUACGUACGACAGCUCCAUGAAUAUCUACGCAUCCUUGACCUGGUGGCGGUUUGCUCUUGGAUUUGGAAUCGGUGCUGAGUACCCCAUGUCUGCGGUGAUCGCGGCCGAGUUCUCCUCUACCGAAGGACGCGGUUCUCUCCUGGCAGCAGUCUUCCUCGCACAGGCCAUCGGACGCCUCCUCGCCUAUGGCCUGGGACUCGGCGUGCUCCAUGGAUUGUGGAACACAGGCGCUGUGCCGGAAUCGCCGCAAGAGCACAUGGUCAUGGAUACAUUUUGGCGGCUUGUGCUCGGGCUCGCAGGCAUCCCGGCCAUCUUCGCCAUCGUCCUCCGGCUGUUGAUCCCCGAAACCCCCCGGUUUUACUCGGCCGUCAAGCGUGAUCUGAUGAAGGCGCGCGAGGCAGUUCUUAAGGUUGGAUCGCGCUCACCGAGUUUGACAGGAGACUUAGAGUCGGUCAACUCGGACGUCGAGGAGAGCGAGCCACAGGAGCUGUCCCCUUGGCGAAGUCGGGCUUACGCCUAUUUCUUUGGCACAACACAAGGGUGGAAGCCCUUGCUCUCCAUCUCGCUCCAGUGGCUACUGCUCGAUGUUGUCUUCUACGGGACCGGAUUCGAUAGUCCCGGAACACUUGCUGCCCUUUGGCUGGAUAGGCCGCUCGAUCGCGCCAUGGAGAACUACAAAAAGGACUUCAAGGGAUUCAGCAUUUGGAAAGAGGACUACGGCUUCCCGGAGGCAAACAUCUUUGAAACGACAGAGAACAACCUUGUUAGGACUCUCGAACUUUCCUCCGUCGCUGCUGUCGUCGGGAGCAUAGUAAUGAUCCCGCUGGUGAACUACGUCAGCCGCAAGACACACUUUGUGUGGACGACGGGGAUACUGACUAUUUUGUUUGCCGUCACCGCCGUAACGGUCUCGCAGACGUAUGGCAAGCCUUCUCACUUUGCCAGCAUGGUCUUCUACGCCCUCACGCAGUUCAUGUUCAACCUUGGCCCCAACACGCUGACAUUCAUCCUCGCCGCCGAGGCUUUCCCGACCGAGUUCAGGGGCACUUGUUACGGUAUUGCGGCUGCCUCCGGAAAGGUCGGGGCUAUCAUUGUCCGUCCCAUCACGGGGGCGGUCGGUAAAAGCCAGGGAAGCAUCGUGGCGCUGCUCUCUGCCUUCACGGGCGUCUUGUUGCUUAUGACACUACUCGCUUGGUUUGAGCCCUGGGGGAUCGGCAUUCCUCGGGUGCAGGAGCCAAGGAAGAAGGAGUCUGGCGGUGGCUUAAUACCAACUCGUCUUGUGAACCUGAGCCUGGAAGAGGCGGCUCCGUGGCCUGCGCUUGAGGAAUCCGACAGCAUUUCUGGUCAUGAAGACCCCCAUGCCAACAACGAAUCAGAGCCCCCCCGAGAGAAAGCGGGAGCUGGUACAGCGGCGGGAACACUCGCAAAUCCAGCGAUGCGGGAGAGUAACAUGGAUAUGGACCCUUCUUUUCAGCUCUCGGAUCCACGUUGGACGAUUGAUGGCUAGGUAGUUAGACGUCGAGCCCGUUCAGCACCUCGGACUCCUCCAAUGAACUAGACUUGUUUUUCUACAAUACAUCCCAGGGAUGCUGAUUGCGUCUUUUCUAAA